UUCAGCCUUCCCCUUAUUGAAGAACUCCAGCCUAAAGGUUUGCCAGAAAAUAAACACGAUCUAAGAGUAAUACAAGGCAUUGUUUGUUGGUUAGCUUUUUCAGAACACCUGCCACAGACAGGAAUUUCAUCUGGAUCACAAGAUAAAGUUACAGCUCUUGAUUCUGGACCAGAAAUGGCUGAACCUCAGGUGGCUGCAGCUCCUGUGAUAACAUCAAACUUGUCUGUUAAAGCACCUGAGUUUUAUCCACCAGGAUACGUCCAUAACUUCAAUCAGAAUUUUGCAGAUUCUUCCUUUGAAGAUAGAUACGAUGGCUAUCUGACUUUGGCAGAAUAUGUACAAGACUUCCUAAAUCACCUCACCGACCAACCAGCUUGUUUUGAAACUGAAAUAGAGCAGUUUGCUGAAACACUGAAUGCCUGGGUCACUUCGGGUGAAGAUUUACAAGGGCUUGUUGAACUCAUCUAUCAGCAGGCCACAUCUGUCCCAAAUUUUUCGUACAUGGGAGCACGGUUGUGUAACUAUCUAUCUCACCAUCUAACCAUUAGUCCACAAAGUGGGAACUUCCGACAGCUGUUACUUCAAAGGUGUCGAACAGAGUAUGAAAACAGGGAUGCAGCCACCAGGGGAGAUGAGAUUACUCAGAAAGAGUUUCAUGCCUUUGUGCUGUUCCUAGCUGAACUCUACCUUAAUCUAGAGAUUAAAGGAACAAAGGGACAGGUAAUGCGAGCAGAAAUUCUUCAGGAAGGCCUUCGGGAAUUACUAAAUGCGCUCUUCUCUAAUCCUGUGGACAGUAACCUGAUAUGUGCAGUGAAACUGCUGAAGUUGACAGGCUCAGUUUUAGAAGAUGCCUGGAAAGAAAAAGGAAAAAGUGAUAUGGAGGAAAUUAUUCAGAGAAUUGAAAAUGUUGUGUUGGAUGCAAACUGUAGCAGAGAUGUGAAACACAUGCUUCUGAAACUGGUAGAACUGCGAUCAAGUAACUGGGGUAGAGUUCAUGGAACUUCUGCACAUACAGAAGCUACCCCUGAAAAUGACCCUAACUACUUUAUGAAUGAGCCAACAUUUUACACUUCUGAGGGUGUUCCUUUCACUGCAGCGGAUCCAGAUUAUCAAGAAAAAUACCAAGAGCUGCUUGAAAGAGAGGAUUUUUUUCCAGAAUAUGAAGAAAACGGAACGUUUCUGCCAGGACCUGGAGAUCCGUAUUUUGAUGACAUUGAUGAUGAGAUGGAUCCAGAAAUUGAAGAGGCGUAUGAAAAAUUCUGUCUAGAAUCAGAACAUACAAGAAAAUAGUGAGAUGUUACACAUUAAUGUUAGUUUAUUAAGCCACUUUAUGGUUAGAAUUCAUGGGGAUAAAAACAUUUGUACCAAAACAGGGAGCUUGAGUUUCUCCAAGUACUAAAGUUACACAAUUUUCAUUAACAGAAACUGCCAAAAAUUGUAAACUCAUGCCCUGUAUCUUAAAAUGUUGUGUAUAUAAUCAUAGUUUAUUUUAUGUACAGGUAUAUGAACAAUGUUUUGGCUGCAAUAAAAAUUAUUUUAAAAUUAUCAUAACUGAAAUUACAAUCUAAUGGGGAAUUAUUCCAUAAAAUUUCACUUG